CGAUGUAUUUGGUGGGGCUGUGCGUAUGGGCAAGUCUGAUCCAAGAAAGAUUGUGUUCGCAGCGAAGAUGGGUCUGGCUUUGAUGCUUAUUUCACUUUUGAUUUUCUUGAAAGAACCUGUCAAAGAGCUCAGUCGUUACUCUGUUUGGGCUAUUCUUACUGUUGUGGUUGUGUUUGAGUUCAGUAUAGGAGCAACACUUAGCAAAGGAUUUAACCGUGGGUUGGGGACAUUGUCAGCUGGAGGGCUCGCUCUUGCUAUGGCAGAGCUGUCAGAGUUAGCUGGAGAGUGGGAAGAAGUUUUAAUUGUUAUUAGUAUCUUCAUCAUAGGAUUUUUGGCUAGUUAUGCAAAGCUAUACCCUACAAUGAAGCCUUAUGAAUAUGGGUUUCGGGUGUUCUUGUUGACGUAUUGUUUCAUAAUGGUAUCUGGGUAUAGGACAAGGGAAUUUAUUCACACAGCUGUAACACGGUUCUUGCUCAUUGCGUUGGGUGCUGGUGUUUGUUUGGUAGUAAAUAUAUGCAUUUAUCCCAUCUGGGCUGGUGAAGAUCUGCACAACUUGGUGGUGAAAAAUUUCAGGAAUGUGGCAACUUCUUUGGAAGGUUGUAUUAACAGGUACCUCAGUUGUAUUGAAUAUGAGAGGGUCCCUUCAAAAAUACUUACAUACCAAGCUGCCGAUGACCCAGUUUACAGUGGCUACAGAUCAGCUGUAGAAUCAACAAGCCAAGAGGAUGCUCUGGUGGGAUUUGCUGUUUGGGAGCCACCUCAUGGUCCUUACAAGUCGUUUAAAUAUCCAUGGAAGAAUUAUGUCAAAGUCAGUGGUGCACUAAGGCAUUGUGCAUUCAUGGUUAUGGCGAAGCACCUACCCAGUUUUCGUAACUAUCAGGUGGAGACCACAUAG